UAGAGAUGCUAGGCCUUCUCUAUAUACAUGUGCUUUCAGUGUGGUUGUUUCCAUGAACAACCUCAUAAAUCCUAAACCAUUUUCUCCCAAAGAACUAUCUAACAUAACUUUAUCAGUUCCCUCCUACCCGAGUAGCUACCAUGAUGAAAGGGAGUGACGAUCUUUCAGAACUUGCACAAACCAUCCGUAAUAUAAUCGAAGAAGGUGUAAAGAAGACCAAAUCCAUGCCAUCUCCAUGUAUUUUCAGGGUCCCGGAGAAGCUUCGCAAGGUGAAGGAAAGUGCUUACACUCCUCAACUCGUCUCAAUCGGACCUCUUCACAGUAACAAAGAACAUCUUAAAUCACCCAUGGAGGACAUUAAGAAGCAAUACGCUGAAGCCCUGUUUAUGCGAGUGCAGACACCGGUGCUACAGGAAUGUGUAGAGAAAAUGAAACAGUCGUUACCCAGAGCCAGGGAUUGCUAUGCAGAGAAAGUAGAAGUCGAUGCCCUGGAGGAUGUGGAGAAAACGAAAGAGUUGUUAGACACAGCCAAGGAAUGCUUUCCAAAGAAAGUCGAUGCCCUGGAUGUACCCAUGUUGGUCAUCGAUGGCUGUUUCAUACUCGAACUUCUCUACAGGUGGUACCAUAAGGCUCAUGAUCCCGACAUGAUCGGAACCAGCAACAACCCAAAUUCCAAUAACAAAACAAGUCAAGAUUUCUGUUUCGACACCGCUCUGAAUCGUGUCGCAAUUAGACAAGACUUGCUGCUAUUGGAGAACCAGCUUCCCUUCUUCGUUCUCGAGGACUUGUUUAGCCUCACGGUGGCAAAGAUUCCGAACCUCACGGUGGCUAAGAUUCCGAACCUCACGGUGGCUAAUACUCCGAACCACACGGUGGUUACUAUUCCGAAUCAUCCGCCUAGUCUUAGUCACUAUCUCCUCUCAUACUUUGGCAACAUGAUGAAUCCCUCAGAACAAAGCGACAAGAAUGACCGGGAACAAAGCCACGAGGAAGACCAGGAUCCGAAGAUUUGUCAUAUCCUUCACUUUCUAUACAAUCAAUACCGGACACAAGAAGGUACUAUACAAUCAUCCACAGAACCAAUCAAUACUGAAAUCCCCGAAAACAAGAAAGAACACCAAGAUUCACCAAAAACCAAUUCCAUGCCUCCUGCAUCAGAACUCGAGUAUGCAGGAGUCAAGUUUGAAGUCAGUACUAAAACCGGUGACACCCCAUUCAAGGUCCAAUUUGUUGCCCCACGAGGCCCUUUCUGGUACUGCCGUAGAGCUUCUUUCAAAAUCCCAACUCUGCAAAUUAGUGCUGCUACGGAGAGACUCUUGAGAAACCUCAUUGCUUUCGAGCAGUGUUACACUGGCUUUGAUCUUAACACUGGCCAUUAUGGCCUUGAUUUAUACUUCACAUCGUAUGCUACCCUCAUGGAUAGACUCGUAGACACUGAGAAUGACGUGCAAGUGCUUGAAAAGGCUGGAGUCAUAUAUAGCCGUCUCGGCGACAGAGAAGAGGCCUCUGAUCUGUUCCACAGUCUCUGCAAGGAAAUUGUUCUGCCUCGGGAUAGUUUCUAUUUCGCUCAAGCUUGCAAUCAGGCUGCUAGCCACAGCAAGCGUCGUUGGCCUAAAUAUUUGGUGGGGUAUCUGAGGCGUACAUAUUUCACUAAUCCAUGGACAUUCAUAGCUUUCGUGGUUGCCUUCAUCGUUUUUGGCAUCCAACUCGCACAACUCCUCCGUAAUUUCCUUCGUUGAGGAUUAUUCUGCCAGAAUUACUUGAUACUUCCAUUUUAGGGCUUCUCGGUAUUCGGUUAUGAGUCAAAAUUAUGUUAUGAAAUAUGUGAUCUUAGUUGCAAGAUAUAUAUGUAGUGGUUGUUCAAUAUGUGUAUUAAUUGUGAGAUAUGUUGUGUUCUCUUGUACCUUGAUAUCUCCAUAUAUAAGUCUUUGCUGCCA